CUUUCUCAGUUAUCUUAUCUUAGUUUUACUAACACACGUUCAUUUUACCGCAUCACAUGUAGUCCGUCGUUUUUUGGAUAUAGAUGUAUUAGAAAAGAUUUUCUAUUCUAAACCGGCGCUCUCUGUACAGCAUUCAAGUCAUAAAGGUCAAUAGGCAUGCAAUGUUUGCAACGCAGUGAAAACACACCCACAGAUGUGUACACGGAAAUGAUAGCACACUAGCACAUGCCAUACAGGCCUCAUACUCCUGUGGAAUUUCUUGAAUUGGUCCAAUUCACUUGAAUAGUCAGACGAUUCAAAACCUAAAUCAAAUCAAACUUUUAUUUCUAGUCUUGGAACAAACGAAUAAUGGCCUUGUUUUUCAUUAGUUGGAUUCUGGAUUAGUUUAAAGAAACGUAUCCUUUCCCAAUUAUCUCACAAACCUUUCUGAGCACAACAGUGCUAUGGCUAGCUUCGAGUUGCUCAAUUUUGCUGUGACCUACAAAGUGAAAGAUGAAAGGCUCACGCUGUUGCAGGUGUAAUGUCGGCGCCACAUGUGACCUACUAUCAAAUGAUCUUAACUUACAAAAUAUGAACACAAGUACAUAAAGUCAAUCCGUCAACUCCAACGUAAAGUGUAAAACAUGUGAAUUCUAGAUAAGAGAGACGUGUACCAACUCCAACGUAAAGUGUAUAUAUAUCAUGUAAAUUCUAGAUAGCAGAGACGGGUACGACACCACUCCAUUCUGUUACGUGGGUCUAUGAGUGACCACAGUACCAAAAUGUACACUUUUCUGGACGACUGACCAACAGAAUGGUGGAUGCCUGGCCGAGAUGACACUGUCACUGGUCUCCUGCCUGGUUUUGGCUGUCAUGACAGGGGCCCAAGCUCUAGAGCACCUGGCCACUGACAAAGUCGGCACGCCGAGCCUGGUCGCCAUGCCCCGAGGCGCGGUCAACUUGGAGGACAACACGCUAGAGGACGACCUGUCCGCAGAAAAGCAAUGCCCUACAAAGUGUGACUGUUACAGGAGAGCGCUCCCGCUUGCCGGGCUCGAAGAGCGACUCCUGGUUGUCAACUGCUCGAGGAGAGGUCUGGUCGAGUUCCCCUCUGGCUUACCAAGUGCCACAGAAGUGCUAGACUUGGCCUACAACCAACUCCGGAACAUGUCCUCUCUGCCACGGCUGCUGGAACUCAAAGUCCUGGAUGUGUCCGGCAAUCAACUCCGUCAGCUAGACAACCAAUGGCUCUUUGAACAUGUCAACAAGCUCAGGAUCCUCAGUCUGUCGGACAACAAGUUGUUGGCCUUACAGCACGGGACAUUCAAUGGACUGGACAGUCUCAGAGUUUUGGACUUGUCGAGAAACGGUAUUCGGAGAGUGGAGACUCACUCUUUUGCUGGACUCACCGACUUGGAGGUUCUUAACUUGAAGAACAACCAGCUGUAUCAGCUGGAAAGAGGUUGGCUGCUACCGCUUGCGUCUCUCCAAAGACUUUACCUUUCUGACAACAAGAUCUCCAGCCUCGACGACGGCGUCUUCGCCAAACUCCCGGAGCUCCAGCAUUUGGAUCUGUCGAACAACAUGAUCAGAGAAGUCCCCGACAACGCCUUCGGUGGCCUCAGGAGCCUCAACCUGCUGAACUUUACCGGGAACUCGAACAUGAAGGAAGUCCCCACCAAAUCUUUACAGCCGCUGCCCACCGUAAACAUUCUGCUCUUGGAUGGGCUGGCCAUGUUGAGACUACGAUCUUUUGCAGUUGGCAGCAUCGAUGUUGUAGAGCUCUCGAUGAGCUACGCGCCAAAGCUUCAGGUCAUUGAAGAGGCAGCAUUUCACAAUCUUAGUAGUUUAACCAGUCUUCAGUUGCAUGACAACCCUCGCCUUGUUUAUAUUCACCCAGCAUCGUUCGCUUCCGUGCCACGCCUCCGUCACCUCCACCUUCACAACAACGGCCUCGUGUCCGUGUCUAGUCAGCUGGUCACCUCGCUACCAUCGCUCUACGAUCUUCAUCUUCACCAUAAUCGCUUCUUUUGUGACUGCAACAUCUACUGGCUACGCAAAGAGCUGAGCUUCGAGAACCCAAGGAGCUCGCUUACAUCCCCCAUGACGACAUCGACAGAUGACGUCAGAUAUACUUUGGCAUCCACUGGCACGAGCUCACCACGUUCGCUAGUGAGCGAGCCACAGCGCGUGUCUUGCUACUUCCAAUCAGGAGGUCCGGAAAUGUCGUUGAUGCAGCUGCCGAUGGAGUACUUCUCCCCCAUGUGCCCGCCAACAGUUCUGGCCAUGUUCCCUGCAGACAUCAGUCUCACUAUCGGAGAGGAACUCUGGCUGGAGUGUCACGGACUCGGUGUGCCAGCACCCAGUCUAUCCUGGGUGCUUCCAGGAGGGCGAGAAAUCAACGCCACGUCAAACUUUGUAGGAGAAACAAACUUCUCCCUCACUGAAGUCCUACAAGACAGCGCGCUCCUCCACAUUAAACCAGUUAGCCUAUCAGACAGUGGCACGUACGGCUGCCGCGCGGUCAAUUCUAUAUCGGAAGAGAUCAAAACCACACAAGUACGUGUUCAGAACAAACCACUGUCCAUAUCUGAUGUAAGAGUGGGCAACGAUUACAUCACUCUGGCCUGGAGAGGGGCCAUCCCACGGGCUCAGAUGUCGGACUUCCAACUGUUCUAUAAAGAGAUUGAACCCACGCCAAACAGAGGAGGAGACGACCGUGACAACUCGACAGAGUACACCACCAUACAACUCCAUGGGAACAUUCACAAAUGCACCAUCACUGGUCUCAAACCGCUGACUACGUACGAGGUGUGUCUUGUAUACAGGAAGAUACACCCCAUGCAGUGCAGCAACUACACGACCACACAGGAAGUGGAGGUCCUCGUGUCUGACGGGAUUGUCAGAAUAAGCAAGAGCCAGAUCGGGCUGGGCUUUGCUGUGGUGCUGGGGAUAGUGGUGCUGGUGGUGGUUCUUCUGCUGGUGCGGCGAGCUCGGCGCCGAAAGGACUACCAAGGCCCCCUGGCGGACGAGGAGAAAGCCAGUAUCCCGUUGGAAGCGGUGGGCCCCACGGUACCCAGCACCCCAUUGACAUCCUCCCGAACAGCACUGCUCCCAAACUCCCAGAUCUAGCCGCAACAAACACUUUAUGUCAUUCCAUGGCUCGUGUGGAAGCACACUGACCCCACUCGACCUGAACAAAAUGUGGGUCAUUACAGCUUUAAAAACAAAAGACGAUGCAGUUCCUUCCUUGCUGUGCUACAGUUAUUCCUAAACUAUUCCAUUCGAUUGUAUUUUUUUUUCCUAAUGAUGACUCUUUGCUAAUUCAUAAAGUUAUUUCAGUGUCAAUUCAUCACCAGUUCAACUACGCGUGUUUGUAUUUUACCAAUUAUAAAACAUUUUAAUGGACGCUUACGUAUAGAGGCUAGCAAUGAAAUCAACAGGGCUUUAUGUAAAUAGUGUGUAUGUGUGUUUAUGUGUGCGUGUGUAAAGAAGGGGACUAGGACACCCCCCUCCCCCAGGUGAUAACUCAUCGUGUAAGAGCAAUACAUGUAUCUUAUAAUCACGCUUACACCAGCUUCUCAUAAUGACACAUGCAGUUUAUCUGUCCAGUCUAUGCAGUUAGCUCGCUUUGACACAGCGGGAUAUUUCUACCAAUUCAUUCCUGACAUUUGUUCUUAUAUAUAUAUAUCAUGUCAAAAUUUCCAGCCAUUUCUUAUCAAAGGAAAUAACGAAAAUGGGAUGUUUUGCUUAAGUUUGAAAAUUAAAAAACAAACCCUUAAACAAAAUUAUUGAUAUCUUCUACCCUACAAGAUAAAAUAAAGAUACUGAGGACAGGUUUCUGUUAAAGACCAUGUACAAAGAUCUAGCUCUCAAUUUGUAAGCUAUGGGGAAAAAAAGUAAAAGACAAAAUACAAUCGUAUAAAACUCAGCUUGAAUACUCUCCGAUUUCAGAAACACUUAAAUUGUCAAUGGGGAUAGAGAAAUAUGUAACAUUUUUUGUUUAUACCCAAAGAGUUCAUUGUAUGCAUUCAUUCUCUUGUGUAGAUCUAAAUCUUAUCAUGAUCAUAUAUACAUGUUAUAUCAGAGGUGGGUAAACUACGAACCGCAGGCCGAAUGAAACCCGGCUGAAUCAUAUGGCUGAAUCAUAUUAAAAAGUUGCUUGAUGAUAAUUUUUGUACUCCAAGAAGCAAGCAAGGAAUUUGUAUGUGAUCUCUAUUGCUUGGACAAAAGUUUCAAUGUAAAAGACACAGCACAACUGUUAGAUACUUUACACAGGAAAUACGAAGAGAUACUAUCUGUUGAGUUAAUUGUAUUAUACAGUGCAAAUUGUAAUUUUGCAUAAGGUUUGCCCACCCCUGUAUAUUCUACAUUGUAAAUACUGUACAAUUUUUUAGACUUUUAUAAACAGACUGUAUCUAAAGAUAAUUGAUAGUUUGGCGUCAUAGGUUCUUAGUAAUCAAAAUAUUUAAUGAACAUAAGAUGAAAACCGAGUUUAAAUUUAGAAAUAACCCAGAUAGCCAACCAUUAGCUCAUCAGAUAGCCAACCAUUAGCUCAUCAGGUGUAGCUUGUUGGAUAGCCAACCAUUAGCACAUCAGAUGUAGCUUGUUGGAUAGCCAACCAUUAGCACAUCAGAUGUAGCUUGUUGGAUAGCCAACCAUUAGCACAUCAGAUGUAGCUUGUUGGAUAGUCAACCAUUAGCACAUCAGAUGUAGCUUGUUGGAUAGUCAACCAUUAGCACAUCAGAUGUAGCUUGUUGGAUAGCCAACCAUUAGCUCAUCAGAUGUAGCUUGUUGGAUAAGCCAACCAUUAGCACAUCAGAUGUAGCUUGUUGGAUAGUCAACCAUUAGCACAUCAGAUGUAGCUUGUUGGAUAGCCAACCAUUAGCACAUCAGAUGUAGCUUGUUGGCAUGUGUUGGAAUCAUAGAACUGACAUAGAUUAAUGACAAUGAAGACUAAAUGAUUUAAAAAAAUGGAAAUUUCAAAAAGCUUGUUUCCUUUCAUCAUUUUGAAGUACACAUACAAUAAACUAGUUUGUUUCAUCUCAUAAACUGGUACAAUCAGAAUCCAAUUAUAAAAUUAACAUUAAAAACUAAAAAGCAAAUGUCUAUCAUCCAGUAUUAAAGAAUUAUGGAUAGAUUAUCUCCCAUGUGUAAAAUUGUUGCCUAAAUGAUAUGAUAAACAAAUUGGUUUUGUUUAGUGAAAACAUGUCAUUUUAUUGCUCAUUUACAUAUUAGUUGCAUUGGUCAUUUUUAUUGUUUUAUUCAAAAUUUGAAUAAUUUUUAAAAAUAAACUUUCAAUUUUUCUUUAAA